CAAAGCGCUGUAGUGACUCAGCAGGUCGGGCAACAUCUCUGGAAGACAUUGACAGGCGCUAUUUCAGAUUGGGACCCUACUUCAGAUUGACAAUAGUCACCUAUCCUUUUUCUCCAAAGAUGCUGCUCGACCCGUUGAGUUACUCCAGCGCUUUGUGUCUAUCGUCACCAUUUAUGCUCUCCGGACUUGCGACCUGAACUGCUGAGUUACACCUCAGCACCUCCUCGUGUCUCCAUUGCAGUCAAUGGUUUCCUGCCGGUCCAAUGACACCGCUCGACAACUGGUGACGACCGUGGUAUUUUUAUUCUGAUUGUAUGAUGAGAUUAUCCUGCUUUGGUGUUGGUGAAGUUUGGCUCAGUUGCUGCUGCUGAUGCGAGAGGUUGUACGCGAAAUGAUUCUGUUCAUCUUGCUGAGUUUCUUCCACGUACAAGGGGCUCUUGCAGGGCCUCACACACUGAUCUAUUACUACACCCUGAACCACAGGAGUACUCAUCUAGAAGAAUAUAGUUUUGUGGGUGUUCUGGACGGUUGUGAGAUACAGUAUUAUGACAACAACAUGGACAUUACAGUCCCAAGACAGAAAUGGAUGGCGGCUGCAUUUGACCGGAAGUACUGGGUAACAGAUACGUUCACCGAAACCGGUUUCCAUGGAAUCAUCAAAGGGCAAGUGGAUGAAUGGAUGCGGAGGCAGAACGAAACAGCAAAUUAUCACUAUACUCAAGGUCAGUUUGGUUGUCAGGUGAACGAUCACAGUCCCAAUUUAGGGAUAUUGAAGUUGGCUUUUGACGGAAGAUAUGCAUUUAGUUUUGACAAGGACAAACUAAAGUGGACGGUGCAUGAUCCAAUAGCUGAACCCUUCAAAGAGAAAUGGGACAAGAAUGAAAAAAUGAACCGUUAUUUCAAGAGCUUGUUAGAACAUGACUGUGUGGAUCUAUGGCAUACAUACUAUGCAAUUGGAAAGACAUACCUGACCAGAAAAGUUUCACCUGAGGUCACACUCGCUGCCCGCACUGAUGAUCAUUCAAUCCUGUACUGCACUGUGUUUGCAUUUUACCCACCGGCCAUCAAUGUCAGCUGGUUGCAGAAUGGCCACCAUGUCUUUGAGACCAAAUCUUCUGGGGUCAUACCCAACAACGAUGGAACAUAUCAUCUCAAGUCUGUCCUUGAGUAUGAUCCGUAUGAUGGGAAACAGUAUUCCUGUCAUGUUGAUCACAGCAGCCUGCCCGGUGGGAAGACUAUCAUCUGGGGUAAGAAUGUAAAAUAUUCUUUCAUAGAUAAUCAUUAUCUUCUGUUGUUUCCAUUUUAAUCAAUGUGACUACAUCCCAUGUUCCAAGAU